UGCCAGCAGGCAGUGCCCCCUGACCUCGUCUUCCCGGCCAUCGACACCGAGGGCCACCUCUGCACCUCCAGCUACCAUGCCCUGGGGAUCCAGCAGCAGGCAGUGGGCUCGGCGGAGGCAGAGGUGUUUGUGAUCGAGCGAGCCAUGCACACUGUUGCGGGUGUCUCCACCAUCUGGCACAGCAGCUUCCUCCCCAGCGGGCGUUUGGCCAAGCUGGUCCAGGUUGGCUGCCCAAUGCUCAUGCUUCUGCAGGAUGAAUCUGUCCUCGGUGAGACAGGUGGAGACAAGCCACUGCCCCCCUUCCCCAGACAGCCCCUGGACUGGGAGGAGGACCUCCAGCUCCGCUCCUGGUUUCUGGACAGGAAGGAGGAGCUGCAAGCAUCCCACGACACCUACAUCCAGCAGCACCCCGAGCUCUGGGUGCUACUGGCUGACUUCCUCCAGGCUCUGCUCCUCCAGCAGCCCCAUGACCCUGUCUCCUUUGCUGCCCAAUUCUUCACCCGCCAGCAGCCCCCCAGCACCUCCUCUGCCUCCACCGGGGCUGCCAGCCCUGUCCCCAACCCCCUGCCUCACCACCCUCCGGCUAACAGCAAAUAA